CUCUACCGGCCGGCGGUGCUGCUCGACGGCGCCGUCUACGACCUGAGCAUCCGCGACGGGGACGGCGCUGGACCCGGUCAGAGACCCGGAGGCCUCGAGGAGUGGCCGGGCCCGAAGGACUGGAGCUUGCAGGACACGGAUGCCUUCGUGCUGGUCUACGACAUCUGCAGCCCCGACAGCUUCGACUACGUGAAGGCCCUUCGGCAGCGAAUUGCGGAGACCAGGCCCGCUCACCCCGCCCUGCGCCUGCAGGGGGCGCUGCACCCCGCACACUGCAGCCUCAUGUGACCAAAGUGGACCGCGAAGCUGCUGGGGGAGCCUGACCCUUUGAGUGGACCCACCAGGGGCCUGGAUUGGAGGAGCUGGCCCAGCUUCCUUCGGAUUGGACAGGACAGUCUCUUCCCUGAUUGGAUGGGGGGAGCUCCCACCCAGUUUCCUGGGCGACAGGCCUUUUUUUUGAAUUUCAAUUGGACCCAGACAGGCACAAGCCUCAUCAGACAAGAUCAGUACCUUCUGGGUAUCAUUGAGUCGUUCACGAGCCUGAGGAACGUGACUGUGAAUCUGGUUGGAAGCUCGCAGGCGGCUCCGGGAGCCUCAUUGGGCCGAGUCUUAAGCCACACCUUCCGGGAGAUAAUAAAGAGGGAACCGUUGCAAGUGCA